AUGCAACCGUCAGUGUCGUAUGAUGCGAUUUUUAUAAAAUGGUCUGAUGAUACCACGUACAACUUAUUAAAUCUCAGUUAUCAAAUGCGUAAAUGGUUUACACUUGAUCGUGAUAAACUCGACUAUUCGUUCAAGGUGAAUAAAGCAAGAAUUUUGUCAGAAUCAAAGAUGUCAUAUGCAUUACUUAGUGGAUUCCAUGUUGAAUGGAAAAGAACUACUGUAUCUUAUUUCAAUAGUUACAUACAAGGAAACAGAGGUAGGAGUAACGAUUUACAUUUCAUUUUCACUGGUUUUGCUCUUGAUGCAUUCAUUUUAAAAGUGUGA